AUGUGUUCAACAUUUCACAAACGUAAUAUUUUUAACAGAUUCUCCAAAAGACAGUAUUUAAAUUUAAGUGACACUCAUUCAUUAUAUUAUUUUUAUUUUAUCUUUUUUUUAUUUUCUUUCCUUUCCUCCUUACAUCCUUCUUUCCUUCAUUCCUUUUUCCUUCCUAUUUCCUUUUUUCCUUCCUUCCAUCCUUCGUUCAUUCUUUCGUUCGUUCUGUCUUUCCUUCCUUCCUUCCUUCCUUCCUUCCUUCCUUCCUUCAUUCAUUCUUUCGUUCGUUCUGUCUUUCCUUCCUUCCUUCUGUCUUUCCUUCUUCUCCCUUCCCCCUCCCUCCCUCUUUUCUUUCUUCCUUCUGUCCUUUCUUCCUGCCUCCUCUCUUUCCUUCUUCCUUUCUUCAUUCUUUCGUUCUAUCCUUCCUUCUUGUCUCUCUCCAUCCUAUCCUCCUCCCUUCCUUCCUUCCCGCCUUCCUGCCUGUCUGUCUCUCUCCCUCCUAUCCACCAUCCUUCCUUCUGUCCUUCCUUCCUUCCUUCCUUCAUUCAUUCCUUGUCUUCACAUUCUUCCUCUCUUCCUUCCUUCCUUCCUUCCUUACUUCCUUCCUUCCUUCAUUCAUUCAUUCCUUGUCUUCCCAUUCUUCCUCUCUCCCGCCUACCUCUCUUCCUUCCUUCCUUCCUUCUUUCCUUCCCUCCUUCCUUCCUUCCUUCAUUCAUUCAUUCUUUCGUUCGUUCGUUCGUUCGUUCUGUCCUUCCUUCCUUCCUUCGGUCUUUCCUUCCUCUCUAUUCCCUCUCCUCCUUCCUUUCUUUCUUCCUUCUGUCCCUCCUUUCUGGCUCUCUGUCUCCUCCCUUUUCUUCUUCCUUUUCUUUAUUCCUUCUUUCCUUCCUUCCUUCCUUCCUUCCUUCCUUCCUUCUUGUCUCUCUCCAUCCUAUCCUCCUCCCUUCCUUCCUUCCCCUGCCUGCCUGUCUGUCUCUCUCCCUCCUAUCCACCAUCCUUCCUUCUGUCCUUCCUUCCUUCCUUCCUUCAUUCAUUCCUUGUCUUCACAUUCUUCCUCUCUUCCUUCCUUCUUCCUUCCUUCCUUCCUUCUUCCUUCCUUCCUUCAUUCAUUCAUUCCUUGUCUUCCCAUUCUUCCUCUCUCCCGCCUACCUCUCUUCCUUCCUUCCUUCCUUCUUUCCUUCCCUCCUUCCUUCCUUCCUUCCUUCAUUCAUUCAUUCUUUCGUUCGUUCGUUCGUUCGUUCGUUCUGUCCUUCCUUCCUUCCUUCGGUCUUUCCUUCCUCUCUAUUCCCUCUCCCUCCUUCCUUUCUUUCUUCCUUCUGUCCCUCCUUUCUGGCUCUCUGUCUCCUCCCUUUUCUUCUUCCAUUCUUUAUUCCUUCUUUCCUUCCUUCCUUCCUUCCUUCCUUCCUUCCUUCCUUCUGUCCUUCUUUCCUCUCUCCCUCCGCUAUCCCUGCUCUCUCCUUCCUUCCUUUCUUCCUUCUUUCCUUCUGUCCUUCUUUCCUGUCUCUCUCCAUCCUAUCCCCCUCCUUCCUUCCUGCCUGCCUGCGUCUCUACCUCCUUCCUUCCUUCUAUCCUUCCUUCCUUCUGUCUUUCCUUCCUUUCCCUUCCCUCCUUUUUCCUUUCUUCCUUCUGUCCUUUCUUCCUGCUUUCUCUCCUUCCUUCCUUCCUUCCUUCUUUCUUUCUUCAUUGCUUCUGCACUUCCUUCUUCUCUCCCUCCGUUCUCCCUGCCUUCUUCUUCCUUCCUUCCUUCCUUCCUUCCUUCCUUCCUGCCAGCCUUUCUCUCUCCUAUCCUCCAUCGUUCCUUCUGUCGUUCCUUCUUUCAUUCAUUCAUUCCUUGUCCUCCUAUCCUUUCUUUCUCCCUCCUACCUCUAUGCCUUCCUUCCUUCCUUCCUUUUUUCCUUCCUUCCUUCCUUCCUUCCUUCCUUCUUUCUUUCUUCAUUGCUUCUGCACUUCCUUCUUCUCUCCCUCCGUUCUCCCUGCCUUCUUCUUCCUUCCUUCCUUCCUUCCUUCCUUCCUUCCUUCCUUCCUUCCUUUCUUCCUUCCUUCCUGCCUGCCAGCCUUUCUCUCUCCUAUCCUCCAUCGUUCUUUCUGUCGUUCCUUCUUUCAUUCAUUCAUUCCUUGUCCUCCUAUCCUUUCUUUCUCCCUCCUACCUCUAUGCCUUCCUUCCUUCCUUCCUUCCUUUUUUCCUUCCUUCCUUCCUUCUUUUUCUUCCUUCCUUCUUUUUCUUCCUUCCUUCCUUCCUUCCUUCCUUUUUUCCUUCCUUCCUUCCUUCCUUCCUUCUUUUUCUUCCUUCCUUCUUUUUCUUCCUUCCUUCCUUCCUUCCUUCCUUCCUUCCUUCCGUCCGUCCGUCCGUCCAUAUUAUGUUGA